AAAUCCAACAAUUACACUUGAUUGUCCAAGUGGAAUUAUAUUAGAUGCUAGGAAAUAUUUAUUCAUUGCAGAUCAGGAUAAUCAUCGAAUUGUUGUAUUAGGCUUGAAUGGUUUUCGAUGUUUAUUUGGAUGUUAUGGAAUAGGUUUACAAUCUAAUCAAUUGGGUAAUCCAUCUAGUUUGAGUUUCGAUGGUUCUGGAAACAUGUUUGUUACUGAUACAUCAAAUCAUCGAAUUCAAAAAUUUAAAUAUAUGAAAAAAUCUUGUGGUAAUCCAGUAAAUAUUCAGUUCAUAUAUUCAUCAAAACUAACUGAUAAUAGUCCAACAUAUUAUCGAGAUUGUCAAGUACCACAGUGUCAUUAUGAAACUUUACAAAUUCAUGUUAAUACAACUGGUUUAUAUGUUCUUUGGAGUAAAAGUAAUAUUAAUACAUAUGGAUAUAUCUAUAAAAAUGAUUUCAAUCCUCUAAAACCAUCUGAAAAUUUACUCCUAUCACAUGACGGUCCAAAAGAAAGUAGUUGUGUGAUUGGUGAUCAAUGUAACUUUUACAUCAAAGGAAUUGGUUUGACACUCGAUGAUAUUUUACGCGAUGAACUUCAAUCCGAUAAAGUGUUGAAUAAUCAAUCAUUUUCGAUCAAAUUAAGUGCGGGUUUAACAAUAGUUAUGUUUGUCGCAGGAUUAAUCAAUAGUAUUCUUUCCUUUAUUACAUUUCAACAUAAAGAUUCUCAACAAGUUGGAUGUGGAAUGUAUCUAUUGGCAUCAUCGAUUACUUCUCUUUUGGCAAUUACUAUGUUCAUAAUUAAAUUUUGGUUUGUUGUUCUUACUCAUAUCAAUGUAUCCACUAGUCUACCUGUUCUUCGUGGAGGUUGUGCAUCUAUUGAAUCAAUUUUAAAACUUUUUCUCUACUUAGAUGGUUGGCUUAAUGCUUGUGUAGCAGUUGAACGAGCAGUACUUAUUCUUAAAGGAGUAAAAUUUGAUAAAAAAAAGAGCAAAUCUAUUGCUCGACGAACAAUUCUUAUUUUACCACUCUGUAUUCUUGGGACACUCAUUCAUGAACUCGCAUUUCGUAGAUUAUUCGAAUAUGAACCAGCACCAGAAACGAUAGAUACGAGUAAGAAUAAUGAAGACACAACCAAGCGAUAUGUAUCAUGCAUCACUCGAUAUUCUCCUUCUGUUCAAGAUUACAAUACAACCGUUCUAUUUUUUCAUCUUGUUGGUCCGUUUAUUGUCAAUCUUUUUUCUGCAUUGUUUAUCAUCUUUGGAGGUGCCCGACAACGAUCAAUGGCUCGAACUAACCAAAAUUUUAAAGAACAUGUUAAAGAACAAUUCCGUGAACAUAAACAAUUGAUCAUUAGUCCAAUAGUUUUACUCGUUUUAUCAAUACCUCGUCUCAUCAUUUCAUUACUACCUGGUUGUGUGAAAACAUCUGAGAACCUGUGGUUGUACCUUGGACCCUAUUUCAUUUCGUUUACUCCUCCGAUGCUAAUUUUUCUUAUCUUUGUGUUUCCUUCAGAAUUGUAUAUGAAAGCGUUUAAACAAUCUUUGAUUCGUAUUCGAAAGCGUACUCCUCCCUAA